AUGAAGUAUCUGGGCCUCAUCCUGGACGGUCGAUGGAGCUUCGGGCAGCAUUUUGUCCAUCUCGGCCCGAGGCUCAUCAACGCCGCCGCCGCUCUCGGCCGCCUCCUUCCGAAUGUGGGGGGGCCGGGAUCGCUAUGCCGGCGUCUAUAUUCCGGUGUAGUGAGGUCGAUGGCGCUGUACGGUGCCCCGAUCUGGGUCGACGCCCUCACCGCUGACAACCGGGCCCUGCUGCGUAAGCCGCAGAGGGUCAUAGCGGUGAGAGGCAUCAGAGGGUACCGUACGGUGUCGUGGGCUGCGGCGACACUUCUCGCGGGCGAUCCGCCCUGGGAGCUCCAGGCGGAGGUGCUCGCGGAAAGGAUGGGCGCGCUGUCGGAUACCGACAGCGUGUCGAGUCGUAUGACUGUUGAUAUGGCGGUGGAGGUGGGCGCCCCGAUGGCGCGCGCUGAAACCAACGACCUUGGCUUGAAUGAAGGACUAGCUGCCCGGCCUGUGCGACUCUCCGAGUCGGACUCGUCGGUCUGCAGCAUGAUGACGGUGGAGUCGGGAGAUGACACACCCAAGGAGAUGACACAGAAGAGGCAGAAGGGUGCGAAGCGGACUCACGCUGAGGAAAGCUGCUCUGGCUCUGAGAGCGACGCGAGCGUGCAGCUGGGUGAUAAUUCGGAAUCCUCAGUGAGCAGGUGGCUAAAACCCGCCACUAAGAGGGGGCGAGGCCGUCCGCCCACCCAUGGAAGAUACGUGGGCAUAGGGAAGUCGCAGGAAGAGCUCCGCGAAGCGAAGUCGAAGGCGAAGACGGAUCGCUUCCAAACGGAGGACGCGUUGGCCGUUUACAACGAAACGGCCAAGUUGGCGCUGGAAGAGAGAGCGGCCCGCAGAGCGAACCGACAGACAGAUGAGCAUGCCGAGGACGCACCGAAGACGUCCGCCGCUUUGGACACGACAGUCCAGCAGGCGUUAGACGUGGUGCUCCAGGUUGCCGACAAGUCGGGCAACCUGAAGGGUACUUUCGUCAGGGCUCUGAAGACUGCCGCUGACACCAUCAAAGGUGCGGUAGCGGAACUUAGAGCUCUGACCAUGUCAGAGGAGGUGGCCCGCCUGGAAGCUGCUAACGCACAGCUUUCGGGCCAGUUGGCCGAACUGCGCAGAGAGGUGGCCGAGAUGCGCCGAAAACCGCAGGAUAACAACGAGGAAGGUCUCAAGCGCAUCAUGGAGGAGGCGCUGCGGUCCAGCCGAGAGCAGUUCGGCAACAUGCUGAACGCCCGGAUGGAGGGCAUCGAGCGCCGCCUCCUUCCGGAGCCUCGGUUGCGGCCUCCGCUAGCUGCAGACCGCAAGGAGGCAGAAGCUGCAGCUAGCAGCAAUACAGCAAGGGUGUCGGCACCAGUCGAGCCGCCCACUGCCAAAGUAGUAGAGAAGGCUGACAAAAAGCCAAAAAAGAAGACGAAACGCCCUAGCAUGGCUGCCAAGGAGGCGGCAGCGGCUGCGGCCAAGAAGACCGCUCCUCCACCAGCGCCGAAGCCAGGCGGCUCCGGAGCAUCUUGGGCGGCUGUUGUUCGUCAACAGCCGAAUAAGCCGCCCAAGAAGCCUAAGGCGCCGGAAAAGAAGUCGAAAGAAAGGCGUCCCGGAAGGAAACUUCGCUCUCCUCGCACCGCGGUGAUCACCAUCACCCUGAAGCCCGGUGCCGAGGAGAAAGGGGUGAGGUAUGAGGAUGUUCUCGUCGAGGCCAAAAGCCGAAUUAAGCUCGGCGAGGUAGGCCUCACCUCUGUGCGCUUCCGCACGACGGCAACGGGGGCACGGAUGCUGGAGGUCCCGCCGGGUACCAACGACGCGGAGAAGGCGGCGGAUGCCCUGGCGGUCAAGCUCCGCGAGGUCCUCAGCUCGGACGCGGUCCAGGUCCAUAGACCGACUAAGUGUGUCGAGUUGAGAAUCUUGGACCUGGACGACUCGGUGACUGCGGUGGAGGUGGUGUCUGCGGUCGCCGAAGAGGGGGGUUGUUCCGCUGGAGCAAUAAAACCGGGUGUUAUUGCCCGGCGCUCCGGCGGCUCCGGCUCCCUCUGGAUGAGCUGCCCGGUGGCGGCGGCAAAAAGAGUGCUGGAGGUGGGCCGCGUCAAGGUGGGGUGGGUCUCGGCACGAGUGAGACUGCUCGAGCCGAGGCCGCUGCGCUGCUUCAGGUGCUUGGAGGGGGGCCACAUGGGGGCCAAAUGUGAUAGGGGUGUCGACCGCAGCCGUCUGUGCUUCCGCUGCGGCCUUCCCGAUCACAGGGCCAGGGAGUGUACCGCCGCUGAAGCCAAUUGUAUCGUGUGCUCAGCGGCCGGUAAGCCUGCGGCACAUGCCGUCGGUAGCAAGGCGUGCCAGGGCAGCAAAACUCGUCUCGCCUCAAAGAAGGGAGGAGCGGUGGCGAAAGGGCCCGUCACCGCGUCCCAGAGGACUGUUGAGGAGCCCAUGGAGACCGCCCAAUAA